AUGUGGUGCUGCCAGAAGGCAGCAGGGAGGCUCUGCGCAGUGGCGGCAACGGCGACGAAAUCCCAGGCGGUGGAGCUCCGGGGUGUGGCGCUCUGUGGCGGCGGUCGCGGGGUCGCUGGCGAGGGCAGUGGAGGACCCCGCAGUGGGGCUGCCGCUGCAGCAACCAAGGGCAUCAGAGGGGGUGCAGGAGGUGCGGCGGCAGCGGCGGCAGGGAGGGCAGCACUACUGGUGGCGUCGGCUGUGGCAGCAGCGGCAGCAGCGGCAGCAGCGGCAGUGGCUGCGGCAGUGGUGGCAGCAGAGGACGAAGGGCCGACAGCAGUGCCGGUGGCUAACUGGGGUCCGUGUGAGGGCAGCAGGGCCACUCAGAACGUCCAGCCUUCGAGGCUGUUGGGCUAG